AUUGGCGUUGGGACCAUACUUGCCCAAGCCUCGGAAUCAAUUUGCUCUGCUCUUUCUCCUCCAUUGUUUUUUUUCCCUCCAAAAGGUUUCCCUCCUUUUAGAAUCGGUUCAUUUCUCUGUACUAAUUGAGUGCGAUUGAUUAUCUGGUUUCCUUCAAGAAUCUCAACUUUCAAUUCUCAACAACAUUAAUUCUCUCUGGUAUUCGUGUGGAAAUUGGGAUUCGAAGAUGGAGGAAUACUUGCAGUACAUGAAGACUCUACGCUCUCAAAUGAACGAAGUGGAAGAUCAGGCAGCUAAGGUAUCAGUGGAAGAGCACACGCAGAUCGCCACCAUUCAAACCACGGAAACUGAUAUCAAAUCUGCAAAAUCAGAGACAAAGAAACUUAAAGAAGAAAUUGAGAAGAUGAUACAGGCAAAAGGACAAAUAUGCUUGCAGAUAAUGGAAAAACAAAGGAAGAUUGCUUCUAUGGAGUCUGAUUCAUCUACCCUUUACCAGACACUGGAGCUCAUUCAACAGGAAAGAGUCGGUCUAUCUUCCAAGCUCAUAAACAAGAGUGCCCACUAUAUCAAGGUUGCAGAUGAUAUUAAUUCCAAACUACAGCAACAACAGGAUUGGGUCACUUGUCACAAAAUUGGCAUUGAAAUGGGAGAGAAUGCUUUGGUCAAGGAUAAUUUUGAUGAGGAAGCAGCUGAAGCUGGAGGGAAGUCUGCAAUUGGUGACUGCCUCAAGAUGGAUAGUCAAGGGAAUAAUGCAAGGAAGAAGAAUCUAAUGACCAAAGUGGACUCUGCCAAAGCUAAGCUUGAUGAAAUUGCACAGAGGAAAUCUGAACUUGCCACGCAGAAUAAGGUGAAGCAAUCUAUUGAGCAAGUGAGGUGCAAGGCAAAAGAGUUCAAGCCUGAGCUACUGGCAAUGGACAUUAAGACACUUGAAGAGGAAUAUAAAGCUCUUUUAUCAGAUAAAGCUGGAGAAUUUGAGUAUUUGCAGUCUCUGCAAGGCCAGAUUGAGAAACACAAGGGUAUUUCUGAUAUGAUUAAAUGUGCAUGUGGAGUGGAAUACAAGGUGGAAAUGGAGUUUUCUGCAUGACAUUGGUGAUUUGGACCUUCUAAAUUGGAUUAUUGGCAGACGAUCAAUCGUAGACUAGAAUCAUGACUAUGUAGGUAUUUUGCAACAUGACAAGAACAUUAUUUCUUAUUAAACAAUAGUGCAGGAUGGAUACAAGCCAAUUUGACUGUAGUUAGUGGCAAUAAUAAGUUGGAAAAUCUAAGUAUCUUUGUCUUAAGAUGCUUGUUAAGAAAAGAAUACAAGUGCCUCACUCUUUUUGCUAUCU